CGCAUCUGCUUUUGCAGCCUGGGACUCUCAUUUCUUCUUUCUCACUCGCAGUGGCAAAGCUCCACUAUAUUCACGUCCUGAAUCAUGACGAAAGUGUCAAAGUUCAUGCGUAAACUCUUCCGUAAAGACAGUGGCGAAGAAGGUUAUCGUGGCCUCCAACUGCGACUGCGUAAGGCGGUGACCUUAGGUAAAGCUCGACAAGUGGCAGCGUUGCUGGAUGAAGGCGCGUCUCCCGUUUGGAUGGAAGAUGAGACCCAUUCUCGACGUCGAUACCGGCGUCGGGAUUCGUGUCCGUGCCAACUCAACGCGCUUCUAUUGGCCUGUCGAUGUGGUGACGACGAAGUGCUGAGUCUUCUGCUAGACGCGUUCUUCGAAGAGCCUCAAGUCCUCGCCCAUUUCAGUCGAGCCAUGUACUGCCUCGUGAUCCGUCAUGGCCACUGGAAAGCCUUCCAUCGACUACAACAACGUCGAGUUCCCAUGACUUCGGUAUCAUCGAGAUCUUCGACGGAUUCGACUAGCUCACCGACCUCCGUGACAUCAACUCGGCUCCUGUCAGAGGCUGCAAUGGACCACGCCAGUUCCAAACUACCAAUGCCCAUUUUCGUGGCUGCAGAGCACGGUCGUCACCAUAUUUUGGCCUAUCUGUUGGAUCAUUACCCUCACAAUUGGGCUCAGUAUAAAUUCGACGGAUAUUCACUACUCUCGGUAGCAACAAUCAACGGCCACUACGAGUGCGUCCGAGUGUUACUUGAUCGUCAGGUAGCUACUGGGCGAUCUCUAGACGCUGCUGUCGCGUUGGCUCGUCGUCACCGUCAAGCUCAUGUACUGGUUUUAUUGACGAGUUAUCUUCCGGAAUUCGCCUCCGAUCCUGAACCCGUGUACAAGAGCUACGAAGGAAUAUCAAGCGAUACCAGCAAUGUUAAUGCCUUCUCGUGCCAGUGGUCAAACCAAGGGACCCGAGUUCAAGGCCGCGUCUCGAUCGCAGAGACUGUGGCCAGCGAAUUCGACGACGAGAGACGCAGCAGUCUCUUAGCUAUCAGUUCGCCUAUCAACUAUACCAACCCUGCAGAAGACAUGGACCGGGUACAAGAAAUGCGGAUUCGAGCUGAAAUGCAGCGUGAGCAACGACAAACCGGAAUGAUGUGGUUCCUGGACGGACGGGAGCCGGUUGAAGACAUGCAACGUCGCGUGGAAUCGCACGGACUGAGCUCAGACGGGUUCGCAGUUCUCCGAUCUGCACGCGAUACUGCACCGAACUCCAAUAACAGCUACACGUCCGAACAGGAAGAAGAAUCCUGGUAUGCGGUCAAGUCUAGCGAGAAAAACCAUGAUCUACUGGCAAGUGAUGAAGAGGAGCACGCGUACGAGUCGAUGUUUUCUGUUCACGACGAAGCGAACAAUGAAUUACCUCCGGGAUCUGACGAGAGACAUAAAGUGAUGUCAGCACCUCGAUCUUCAUCCUCGGUGCGACCUGGUAGGUCACGCAAACUCAUCAGCGUUCGCAGUCGAGGAUUCCAACAACAUCGAUUGUUGGAGGCUAUUGAAGAACACCCCGCUGGUGAGAUCGAAGCGUAGAUCUCUACAGUGGACGUGCUAGCAACUACAAGUAAUAGACAUGUAUUAGGUCAAUACCUUACAUGUACGUCGCCCUUACUCAUUGUCACAAAUGCCGUGAAAGCCGAGAUGUACCCCACUUUCGAUAUCUGCUAGCGUCGAUCUAAGUCCGAUAAACCCCAUGGCUAACGCCGACAACCCGAUCGUCGUCGCUAACAUGUACACCAUGA